GAUCACAUUUGUUAUAAAAGUUGGCGUUGAAACCAAAACAUAUUCUCUGCAGCUUUCUCAGUCCUCAGUUCCUCACCCACAAGUCACAGUAACCAGAAGCACACAUUUCACAUCCUAUGAAUCCCAUCAAACCUGAGCCACUCGGAGUUCGCCACGUGGUGGCCAUGCCUUGGCCAGGAAGAGGUCACAUCAACCCAAUGUUGAACCUCUGCAAACGCCUCGUCCGGCGAGACCCAAACCUCAUCGUCACAUUCGUCGUCACCGAAGAAUGGUUCGGGUUCAUCGGGUCCGACCCGAAACCUAACCGGAUCCACUUCGCAACUCUCCCAAACCUCAUCCCUUCCGAGCUUGUCCGGGCCAACGACUUCAUCGGCUUCGUCGACGCCGUCCUAACCAGAUUGGAGGAGCCGUUCGAGCAGCUUCUUGACCGUCUCAACUCUCCGCCUCCCACCGUAAUCAUCGCCGACACUUACAUCAUUUGGGCAGUGCGGGUCGGCACAAAAAGGAAUAUUCCGGUGGCUUCUUUCUGGACUACGUCAGCCACGAUUCUCUCCCUCUUCAUUCACUCCGAUCUUCUCGCAAGUCACGGCCAUUUUCCGGUCGAACCAUCAGAAUCAAAACAAGAAGAAAUCGUUGAUUACAUCCCCGGUUUGUCUCCGACAAGAGUCCGUGACUUGCAGAUCUUUCACGGCUAUAGUUAUCAAGUCUUCAAUAUAUUCAAAAAGUCUUUCGGUGAGCUUUCUAAAGCUGAGUAUCUUCUCUUCCCUUCUGCUUAUGAGCUUGAACCAAAAGCCAUUGACUUUUUCACUUCCAAGUUUGACUUCCCGGUUUACUCCACCGGUCCGUUAAUACCCUUUGAAGAACUAUCCGUUGGAAAUGAGAACAGAGAACUUGAUUACAUUAGGUGGCUUGAUGAGCAACCGGAAAGCUCUGUUCUUUACAUAUCUCAGGGGAGUUUUCUUUCGGUCUCUGAUGCUCAGAUGGAGGAGAUAGUGGUAGGAGUGAGAGAGAGUGGAGUCCGGUUUCUUUGGGUGGCUCGUGGGGGUGAGUUGAAGCUGAAGGAGGAUCUUAAAGGUAGCUUGGGUGUUGUAGUGAGCUGGUGUGAUCAGCUUCGUGUGCUUUGUCAUGCGGCUGUAGGCGGGUUUUGGACGCAUUGCGGGUUUAACUCGACAUUGGAAGGGAUAUAUUCGGGAGUACCGAUGCUUACAUUUCCGGUUUUUUGGGAUCAGUUUCUGAAUGCGAAGAUGAUUGUUGAAGAGUGGAGGGUCGGAAUGAGGAUCGAGAGCAAGAAGAAAACAGAGUUGUUGAUAGUGAGUGAUGAGAUCAAGGGAUUGGUAAAUAGGUUUAUGGAUGGAGAGAGUGAAGAAGGGAAAGAGAUGAGAAGAAGAACUUGUGAUCUCAGUGAGAUAUGUCGAGGAGCCGUUGCGGAAAGCGGUUCUUCUGAUGCUAACAUCGACGCUUUCAUUAAAGAUAUUACCAAGAUCGUGUGAGUUCUGUGGUUGUUAAUGAUUAGGGUCUAGCUAUUAGUAUUCGUGUAAGUUUGUAAAAGAUUCAAACUUUGUAACGAGAUUUAAGAUUGUUUGUACUUUUGUAGAACUCUUCUUUAUAAGUUUCAUUUGAUAGACUCUUUGGUAGAGCUUAAUUUUGUGUGUGCCUAAUUUUUGUUUGACUUAGAAAAUGAUUUGUGAGGAGAUAGGUAUGCUUUCAUUUUUGUUUCGGCUGUUGAAUAUAUAUGGUCCAACGAG